AUGUACCACCUCCUGAGAGGCCUACAUGAAUAUAUUACAAGAAAGGAAGAGUUUUCGGUGAUUAUUGUAGGGUUGGAUGGUGCCGGAAAGACCACUCUGCUAGAGAAAAUCAAGACGUUCUAUAACGACACUCCAGGUCUUUCUCCUGACAAAAUAGCCCCUACUGUCGGCCAGAACACGGGCAGGAUUACGCUUCCUUCUACUAUCCUGCAGUUCUGGGAUCUUGGUGGACAAAGAGGCAUUCGCUCCAUUUGGCCAAGAUACUAUGACGACUGUCACGCCGUCGUCUAUGUGAUUGACGCGGACGACCGCGAACGACUCAGUGAAGGCUGGGAGGUAUUCGAAAGCGUCCUGUCAUCACCUCAGAUUCUCGGCGUGCCUCUUCUACUCCUCGCUAACAAACAGGACAGCCCUCAAAGCCUUUCAGUAGAGGAGAUCCGGAAUGACUACGAAGACUGGCAUCAGCGGAAAAUGGAGAGUGCCAGGCGGAGGUAUGGUGAAGAAAACGAAUUGGAACAGCGGAGAGAAAGGAUCGCCAGUCUUGAUGUCAUGGGCGUUUCUGCGCUUGAGGGGACCGGCGUGCGAGCUGCGGUCGAUUGGCUAUUCAUCAGGGUUCAGAAUAGCAGACGUAGAGAUGAGCGUUCUUAG